AUGAAAGGUGCUGAAGUAUGUGCUGCAACCAUUCUAGAGUUUUGGUUAAUGUUUAUAAAGUUUUUUGCUGAAAAUGCCUCUUUGGAUCCAAACAAUACCUUGCUCCCCAAUUGCAGUGAAUUUACAUUAACCCUAUUAACUAUACUGACGACAUAUAUAUCCUCUAUGUCGAUAAUGGCAUCAUCAUCCUCGGUUGGAACCAUGUUAUCUAACCAUCCAAAUGGGUCUGUAAAAUCUAAACCAAAAUUGUAUGAAACUGUCAUUUUGAUUUAUUAA